AUGGCGGCGGCGGGGGGCGCGGCGGGCCGCAGGGGCCCCGGGCGGCCCUGCCCCUUCUCCAUCGAGCACAUCCUCUCCGGCCUGCCGGAGCGCAGCACCCCCGCCCGGGCCGCCCGCCCGCCGCCGCCCGCCGGCCGCCGGAGCCCCGCGGAGCCGGGGGAGCCCGCGCCGCCCGCGGCCGUGCCCUGCGCCUGCUGCUGCUGCUGCGGCGGCGCCCGCGCGGCGCCCCGCGAGCCCCCGGAGACGGCCGCCGGGCGGGGCGCGCGGCUGCCGUGGCCGCUGAGGCCGGGGCCCGCGGCGCCCUGGUCCUCGGCCGCGCCCAGCGGGGGCUCCGGGGUGCCGCCCGGCCCGCCCGGCCCGGGCCCGCAGCGGCGCACGCGGCGCCACCGCACCAUCUUCAGCGAGCAGCAGCUGCAGGCGCUGGAGGCCCUCUUCGUGCAGAACCAGUACCCCGACGUGGGCGCGCGCGAGCGCCUGGCCGGCCGCAUCCGCCUGCGCGAGGAGCGCGUGGAGGUGGGCGCCCGGCGCCGGGGAAGAGCCGGCCCCGCGCGGCGGGCGGAGGCCCCGGGGGAGCAGGGGCGCCCGAGGAUGGCGCGGGCCCGAGGGUCUGGUUCAAGAACCGCCGGGCCAAGUGGCGACACCAGAAGCGCGCAUCGGCGUCCGCAAGGCUCCUCCCAGGAGCCAAGAAGCCCCCGAAGGAGAGCUGCUGAGAGCUGCAGAGUUACUCCGGGGCUCGGGGGCGGGCUCGGGGCCGGCUCGGGGAGAGGACAGACCUCCCCUAGGAGGAGCUGGGGGAGGACGCCAGCCUCUAACCUGGUGUCGGCCCCGCUGCCCCCGUCCUGGAGUUCAACGCGGGAGCCCCUCUGCGUGUGUCCCCGCGCCACUCGCCCCGCGGACGGAGAGCGCAUGGAUGCUUCGUGCUCUGUGCGCCCUCCCCACGCGCCAGCGGGCGGCAGGGCGGGGGAAUUCGGGGAAGGGGUGCGGGGCACACAGCCUCCUCAAACCCCUACCACACUCUAGGAGGCACUAAGCCUCCCCAGGAGAGCAGCCACCCCUUGUCAACCCGGGCACCCAGCAUCCUGCUCCCCGCCCACCGCCUGCUGGCCUCAGUCCUCUCCUCAGCAGGGUGGCAGCCCCCUUGACCCACCUAUAACCCUCCUGAGGCCAGGCAGGUGGUGUCUCUGCAUCCCAGGGCUGGGGCUGGGGCCUGGGCGUCCUGAGCCCGUAGAGUAAGAAGGCUGGGUGAGGUCACCUGCAGAAGCCUUGUUCCUGCUCCUCAGUCCUUUGAGGCUCCUGUGGAUCCUGAGAAAUAAACAAGCUGCUACAGACGCGGAGAAAGCGGUCCAGAGGUGACGUCUUCUACGGCUUCAUGCCACACCCAGCCGGGACCUGCCCUCCUCUCCUUCCCAGGCAGUGGGGGGGCCGGCUUGUCACAGCCUGCUGUCUUGGGCAGGCUCACCCCGCAGCUGCCAGCGAUGCAGGUGUCCUUGGGGCUGAGCCCAGACUCUCCCCUCUCAUCUCCAGUGGGACCCUGGUUUCUCUCUUCCACCCUCAGGCUCCAGCCCCAUCUCCAUCCCACAUUUACAUCCCAGCCCAGGCUUCUCCCCUGCGCUAAGCAGUUAUGUCCAGCUGUCCCUUUGACGACUCCACCUGGAAGCCCGGGGCUCCUCUGGGUCCCUUUGUCCACGGCAGGCUCUUCCCCUGUGCAUCCCAGGUGCAUGAGCCAGAGAGCUAGGGGCAAGCACCCCGACCCUCCCGUCCCUCACCCACCAAACGCAGGCCCACGGCAAGUUGAUUUUACCUCCCCAAACAAUCCCAGAGCCUGCCUCCUCCCCAGCUUUGACUGCACCGACCUGAUGAAAACCGCCAUCAUCUCACCUUGACCACUGCAGCCGCCUCCAGCUGGUCCACCUGUACCCACUCUGGCUUCUCUGUGAUUCACUCUCCAUAAAAGCCAGGGUGCGAGUCUGAACCUGCCUCUCCCCUGCCUACAGCACUCCCAGGGCUCCCACGACUCCCAGAGCAAAGACAAAACUCCUUGUCAUGACCCAUGACCCACUAGGCUCAUGCAGCCUGGCCCUGCCCCUUUGGCGUCGGCUCCCACCCCAUUGCUCCUUGCACUUUGUGUAUCCAAAGGUCUCCUCCCACUGGGUCUUCGCACAUGCUCUCCCCGCCUCCUGGUCAAUGCCCGUUCAUCCUUUGGAUGUGCAACCACUUCCUUCCUGGGGAACUUCUCCCGACUGCCCCCUAGGUUGGCUGCCCUCUAGGUAGGCUGCCCCCUGGGUAAGAUACCCCCUGGGUAGGAUUCCUUUUCUUUGCAUCUGCCCGCUGCUGUUUUAUGCUUGUUUGUGAGAUGACCGGACUGGUGUCUGUCUUCUGCAUCCCCCUGUCAGCUCUGCAAGGGCAGGAACCCUACUGUGGAGCCCCCACUGAACUGUACAGAAUCAUUCUGGGGCAGAACUUGUUUGACAUAAUUUGCAACCUACUUUCAAGAAGAAAUGAUCACUCCUGAAAAAUGCUUAGACCAUUUUCUUGUCCAUUUUCCUUCUGGGAAGCUAACUCUGGC